AUGAAAUUCAACAUUGGACAAUCCAAGAAACGACCUUACUCCGACUCUCACGACCCUGGGCCUUCAGAUCACACUACCAAGGAUGAGAAGAAGCUACUACUUGCAUUCGACAAGUUUGGUAAAGCACUGUGUAAGCUUCUUAGCGCAGAGUCAGAGGUACCAAAUACCCAAAGGUGUAUCGGAGGAGAGAAAGAAGCCUUUCUUCGAAUCCUCAAGACCAGAGUGGAUGGCGGGGAAUUCAGCUGGGUCGGUAAAUUUGAUGGAAAGAAGUACAUGUUUUUAGGCGAUGAUAAAAGAGAAGGACAGGAAGUGUGCAAAAAAGUUAAGUUGAUGGUGCAACCUCAAACUGAGAUCAGAGGUUGCAAGGCCUCGGGAUCCCUGUCUGAAGAGGGCGAUGAAAAUCCAUCUGAGAAUUUAGCUGAGGAGUACGACGAGACAUCUAGUAUCUCCGCCCAUGAUGAUUCUUCACAGAUUAAAUGGCCUCCCCUUCUCCCAUCGAUCACGGAUAGAAACCUCUGCACCAAAGUGUUUUGCACCAAGGACUCCCAAGGGCCUUCCCCCGAUCAUAAACGUCUCAGCUGGCUUGGUAGCUCAUGGAUUCACCUUUUAAUGUCAAGAAUAAUCUUCCGGAACAAAAACCUCGAGGAAGUCCAAUUAGGGAAGCUACGCCAUUGUCUGCUCACCGAUAAGGUUUUCACCAAAUUUGCAGUCAGGUAUGGACUAGAGGAAGAGUUUAAGAUACAGAACUCACUCACAGAUGCCCCAGGUAGCAAAGAGAUGGCAGACAUAUUCAGGGCGUAUGUCGCAACAGUGGCGAUUUCCAAUCCACAUGGUGCUUUCGAGGUGUUGACGAGUUGGCUGGAGAAGUUGUACCAGCCUAUCUUGUUAUCAAUGGGAGAUGAGGUAUGGAAAGACGAGACCUACGCCUAUUUAUCAGAGAAGCUUCAAUAUCACUUGGAGUUUAGGCAGAAUACCCAAUUUACGGCCGGCGAUAUUCGACGUCAAUCAGAGAAAGAAGCGAGACUAGCCAUAAUGGCUGCUGAGAUCGGAUUCAGGGCUUCCACUCAAGCCAAAAUGUUACAAUAUGAGAUAAUCGAGCGAGAAAGAGUAGAAGAGGCUGCUCAGGCUCCGCCCCUCAAAUCCGAGGCCUUGACCUUAGCCUCAGCUAAAGCACAAUCAGGGAAAAUCGAGAGAGAAACGGUUGAAGAGGCUGCUCAGGUUACGAAGACUGACCAGGCUAAAUCCGGGUUCUUCACUCAAGGGCAAGUGCGACACGAGAAGGGGGAGGGGGAAAAGAGGGAAAAAAAGGCUGCCGAAGCUGCUCAGCUCGAAUUAGAGGCCUUAGCUAAAGAACAAUCCGAGAAGAUCGAAAGGCAAAAGGCAGAAACGAAGGUUUCCCAACUCGUGUCCGAGGCGGAAAGGGCUGCGAAGGCUUCCCGGCUCAAAAGGGAGGCCUUAGGUAAAGAAAAAAUCGAGAAGAUCGAAAGAAAAGAGGUAGAGGCGAAGGUUGCCCGACUCGUGUCCGAGGCCUUAGCAAAAUUCGAAUCAGAGAAGAUCGAAAGAGAAAAGGUGGAAAGGGCUGCCGAAGCUGCUCAGCUCGAAUUAGAGGCCUUUGCUAAAGCAGAAUCCGAGAAGAUCGAAAGGGAAGAGGCAGAAACGAAGAUUGCCCAGCUCGUGCCCGAGGCCUUAGCUAGAUUCGAAUCGGAGAAGCUCGAGAGAGAGGAGGCGGAAAGGGCUGCGAAGGCUUCCCGGCUCAAAAGGGAGGCAUCAGUAAAAGCAAAAUCCGAGAAAAAUGAGAGAGAGGUGGAAAGUGCUAUAAAGAUUGCCCAGCUCAAAGCCGACACUGUGGUUUUAGCCAAUGUAAGGUCUGAGAAGACCGAGAGAGAAAAGGUAGAAAUGGCUGUAAAGACUGCCCAACGCAAAGCCGUGGCUUUGGCUUUGGCUGAGGCAGAGUCGGAAGAGAUGGAGGAAAAACAGAGUAUGGUGGCUUUAAGGAAUGCAAAAAAGGCAGAUGAGAAACAACGGGUAUUUCAAUUGAGGUGCAGAGUUGCCCAACAAGCCGCAAAGGAAACCAUUGAUCUUGAUUACGGGAGUCCGCCAUUACAACCGCUACCACACCAAUCCAGCAAUAUACGUCUGGGGCAGGAUAAAGCCAAUCCCAUUAUUAUCUCGGAUUCGGAAGAUGAAAAACGUGAAGGAAGGGAGAGUAAAGUCGUUAAAGAACUCAAGGCCCUUGAGCAGAUUGUCGUUGACAAUAUCAAGGCAGCCCCUCUACCUUUUUCCGCAAAGAAAGCACUUGACAGGCUCGUGAAUGAAAUUGACGCCAAGUUAAUUUAUUCACGUCUUGAAGAUCGGCAUGCGGCGGAACGUAGAGAUAAAGACGUACAUAUACAGGUUAUAUUACUGUGGCGGGGACGUCAGAAGAUUGUAGGGCAUGCAUGGGAGAUAAGUGAAGAGUCUGCAGGCCGCAAAGCUGCGGAAGCCCUCUUGGUAGAUCAAUACUUCCUUCAAGAGUUGGCUCGCAUGAGACUAGCUACGAAAGAGGACCCCGGAAACUCUACAACUUUACUGGGGACGAAAACCACCUCAGCCGCUGCAGUUCUUCCAUCCUCGGGACCCCGUUCAGUCCCAUCUCUUGUAGUUUGUGUAAAUAGAGGAAAUAUCCCAGCCGUUCCAAGUUCCAGCGCUUCACACACAGUAGCAGCACUAGUUCCGAAGCUUGCACAAGCUCCUACAAAAAAUGCAGAGAGCUUGAACAGUGAGAACUUGGCUAUACUAUCGAUAGGGAGGAAUAUGAACUCUAAACUGAAAAAUAUUACAGGAUGGAAGGAGAUCUCGGUUGUGGACCCUAUUUCCAGGGCACCUCAAGAAGAGUCAUCCUCGGUUUCUGCAAGUGCUCAGUCAGAGGGUAUUAUAGGAGAUAUUGGUGCUAUUCCAUGUUUAUCGCAGGAGGACUCAGUUCUGGACAUGGAAACUCUCGUUGUGGAAGAUGAGAUCUUGGAUGAUGCGCAUCCAUCUCUCAGGGCAUCAAAAGAAGAGUUAUCAUCGAGGCUUAUAGCUCUACAGGUGAAAGUUAGGGUUCCUGUGGAAACAGAUUAUGCUGCCUGCAGGCCACAAGAAAAGUUAUCCUUAGGUGCUGGAACAACGCGGGUAGAAGAAGUCUCGGGGACAACAAGGCCAGCCGUCAACCUACCACAAGGAGACUCAUCAUCGGCCCUGCCAGCACUUCAGGUCGCCAAGAGGGCGGGGGUGAAAAGGAAUCCUGCUACAUACCUCCUCGAAGAAGAUACACCCCCAGAUAUGGAGGAUAUUGUGGUAGAAUAUGAGAUCUUGAACCAUGCAGAUCCUUCCUUCAAAGCCACUAAACGGUAA